AUGGUCCUUGGAAUAAAUAAACCCGCGACGAUGGACAUUCCGCCGACUUAUGCUGAGCUCUUUCCGGAUAGGGUAACUCAAGAAGAUAUCGACCUAGAACAACAAAACAUUGAAGAGAGACUUCAAACUCAUGCUCAACGCAUGGCAGAAUUUCAAGUGGAAGAAUCCCAGUCUCGAGCGUCUCUUCUUUCCCUCACCCGCCAAUCCAUCAACACUGGAUUCUUUCUCUCCCUCGUUGUCUUGUGCUUCGUUCUUUUUGCAAUCGUCUGGGAAGAAGAAAGAAGUGUGCAGAGUAGAAUGCAAAUGGAGCACAUAAAAGAAACUCUUCCCUGCUGCGAGUAUUUUGGCGAGCAAUUCAUGGGCCUGAGAUCAGCUGUCCGCGUUCCAGCCGGCAAAAAUACAACGAUAAGUUCUGUCGAAGAAGUAAUCCACUAUUGCGACGAGUUAGAGCUUCAAAUGAUCUAUCACUCUGACAUCAGCGAUUCUCUUUCAACCUGCGCCGUGCAUCUUUACGGAACAGAAAAUGUCAAAAUCGGCGAUUCAAAUUCAACCCAAUUCGAAAUCGAGCCGGCGAUCUGGGUGCGUCACAAUCGGACAGCAGCGGCCAUGUACGACUACAUUCAACACGAUUACACGAAUGCCAAGAGAAAAGGCUACGGACUCUGUCGAUUUGAAGGCUCCUGCGAAUCGUUUUACAAUUAUAUACUCUUCAACGAGCUGGAGCAGAUUUCCUCCGACAUCAAGGACUCCUCCGAAAACUUUUCAAAAGCGACGGAACACUACUCAAAGCUGAGAAAACUGUGUUCCAGCAUUUCAGCGACUGAAGCAUCAGGGGUCAAAGACUACGUCGAUGAAUACUGCCGAACUUGGCAGCGAGCGCUAACAGAGCCGCUCGAACAAGCUGUAGCUGUUGAACUCGCCAAAUUAGGAUUCCCGGAUAAAUUGAAAGAAAACAAGUACACAAAGGCCGACACAAAGGCUCUUAAAAAUCAGCUGUGCCGGUUGGAUGAUCUCAACCUGCCGAAGCAUCUCGCUUCGGGUCAAAAAGCAGCGAUUGUAGCACUCGUCGCGCCGCUCAGGAAGAAAUUUUCAAUCUUCUUCUACUCCGCAAACUCAAAAUUAAACGACCCAGCGAAACCGGAAUACUUUCUUUCUAUUAUUUACAAGUGGAUCAACGAGUAUCAAAACUUCAUCACGACGAUUGCGGAAGAAAUUUUUGACGAGUUCUCGGCCUCGAUUGAAUUCGUUGCAGAGCUGUUGAGAAUUGCAGCGCGAAAAGUCGAAGACGAUUUUGAAUUAGAGCUUGAUGAUGAAGUUUUCAGUCAUAUCAUCGAUGAAAUCAUUUCGAAUGACGCUGAGUUACAGCUGUUUGAACCUACUAUCGCAGAAAUGCACAGGCCUCUUGCGAUUCUGGAGCAUGACGAUAUUGCGGCGAGAUGGGUUGGCUUGGAGCUAGUGUCGUCCAGAAAAAUGCUAGAGGAAAUUAUCAGUGGAGAGUUUCCGAUCAAAUCAGAAGAAGUAGCGAUGCAAUUCUUUGAUAUCCUGCAAUUAACUAAUCGACGAUGCCAGUGCUUGUCUCAGAAAACCCGGACAAAGUUUUAUUUUCAAGAGCUUGAAAUUAUCGACGAGUUCCGGCUUGGUUUGAUUCAGCUCUCUGAUGUGGGGUCGAUUUCGUUGGAUAAAGUCUGCGCGAUUGUGAACACGAUUAGCUGCAUUCGGACGAGUCUAAUCGUAUGGGAAGAAGAUCGACCCUAUGCUCAGCCGUUGAGGGAUAGCCCACGCUUUCAGGAAAAAUAUGAUCAAGUGAUUGCGAAUGUUCUUGCGUUUGAAACGGCCCUGACGAAGCAAAUCGUCAACAACGCAUAUCAAGACAUCAGUGACGCGCUGUAUGCGUAUAACGCGGGAAAAUUGGCGCAUAUAAAGGAACUGGAGCAAGUUUCAUCGUCGUUGCUGCCAUCUUUGUCCAAAAUACAGAUUCAUCUUCAACUCCUGGAAACAAAUCUUCUUCCUGAAAAGAGCCGCCAAACUUGCGAGCAACUAGCGAUAGAAGUAGACAAGCAUUUGGCGAAGAAACUAGUGUCAUUCGAAACGAUUGUAACAAGCAAUCCUCUUGUCAGCUCACAAAUUGAAUCAGACCUUCUUCAUAAUGUUUUUUCACUGUUUUCGAAUUCUUUACACGGCUCCGCAGAAGAAAAAGUAAAAUCGUUCAUGAAUCGGAUAAUCCGAAACGGCGGUUUAAAAAUCAGCAUUCGGCGUUAUGCCACUGAUCCGUUUAAAAUCCUUGGUGUUUCGCGAAAUAUGUCCAAGAAACAAAUCCACACCGAGUACCUGCGAAAAUGCAUGAAGUGCCAUCCAGACAUUUUCCCCGACGAUCCAGUCAAAGCGCAAGAAUUCCAAAACCUGCAAGCCGCUUACGAUAAAAUCAUGAACUGGGAAGAGCAUCAGCAGUUUGAAACGAAACAAAAAAUGGAACAAGAGCGUCAAGAAGAGCGGGAAAAACGACAAGAGCGCCCAAGCACGAACUGGUUCAGUAAUCCGACUGCGAACGAAUGGGACCCUGAUCGGCUCAGAUUUGGGGACAGCAUUAUCGAAAAUAAUAUUGAUAAGGGAUACAAACAAAGAGCUUUUGGCGGCGUUUCACAAAUUCGAACGGAUUUAGGAAAGGAUGGUUUCAGAGGGCCGGAGAGACAAUAUCAAAAUCUUGAUUUCAAUAGAAGAUAUGGGAAAGAAGUUAUAGAUGAUGAUGUCGGACUAUUUGGUGCUGCUUGGCGAGGAGUAAAGAACAAAUUUGCUUCUAAGAAAUAA